AUAAUAAAUAAUAAAUACAAUUACAAUUAAUUCAUUCUAUGGUACAAGAGGCCAGGGGAUGAGGUACUCCUGGGUAUCUUGGAUAGUAGUGACAGUGAGUAGGACUUCUCAGACCCAUAAGAUGGUGGUGGUACCAUGGCAGAUAGUAGUGACGAUUGUUUCACAGACCUGCAUGAGGAAGAAAGAGUAUUACCAACCAAGCAGAUCAACUCUAGAAUCAAUGGUUCUUACACACAAGUAGCACAGAACCUGACAAACACCAGCCAACAAGCCAGCCAUAAAGAAUUGAAUUUUAUAUGUAACCUAUGUAACCUUUGGGGUGGUGCCUAAAAGAUCAAAAGAUUAUCAAUACACACACUAAAUUGAAUAAUAACAUUCAGCCACAUACCGUUAGCGCGAAAUUUUCGAGGCACUUAUAUUUCGUGGAUUGGCCGCACAAUGUUCGCGGAAUGACUGCUUACCGGAAGCCACGCCUUUAAAUAUUUGCAUGAUAGCAGGUAAUUUUUCGUAGACUUAAUUUUCGUGUAGAAUUCUAACCCACGAAAUCCGCGAAAAUUAAGCCCCCGAAAAUUUCGCACCAUACGGUAAUUAUAACAGACAGCACACUAAAAAUUGGGUAGAUACAUGUAACACAGCACUAACUCACAAGCCAACAAACCUAAAGAAGUAUACUGAGAACAUGAGAACAGCCAUACACAAAGUACAGUACAUCUCAUACAAGGCAAACUUACAUGUAAUGGCACUGCAAUUUUAUGAUCCUACAACAAACUGGGAGUUCAUGCAUAACAAGAUUCAUAACUUGGGCACAGAAGAAUUACAAUGCAUAUCACAGGCAAACACACAAGCCAACUAAUGACAAAUUACAGGGGCGUACACAGGGUGGUGCUUAGGUAUGGAGGGCCGUUCGUGACAAAAAUGGGUACUACAUGUACAUGUCGAUUUCAAAACGCGAGUAGGAAAGACGCGUUCUCUAACGCGUAUAGGGAACACAACACGUUUUGCCUACACACGUCUAGUAGACGCGUGUUGCCUACACACGUCUAGUAAACACGUAUAAUUAUGCUACACACGUCUAGUAACCGCGUGCUAGGAAACGCGUGUUGCCUACACACGUCUUAUAGCUACGUUGCCUAGUGCCUACACAAGUUUAGUUGAAAAACCACAUAGAGUUGCAUGACCAUGUGCUAAUCACAUGACCAUACUUGUAUAGUCACGUGACAUUUGUGAGCCAUGUGGUAUUAAUUAUUUUUUGGAAACUGAUAAUAGCUGUUUAGUAUGUCUCAAGACACUGAUCAAAAGAAAGUUGAUGAGGCUGUUCGGCUUCUAGUGUCCUUGCAAAAGGACAGUGUAGCAGGCCCUUCAAGGUCAAGAACAAAUUAACCAUCUGGGCACAAUGGUGAGUUCAACUACCAUUACUUUAUACAUUCUAAUUACAGCACCACAAAAAAUAAUUUUACACUUGUGCUCAUUGAAAAAAGAAUUAAAUAUCGAAGUUGGUGCUUCAAUUAGAGCGGCGCAUAGUAAAAGAGCAAGUUUGGACACUUUCUACAUGAUAAAGUUGUGUUGGAGCUUCAAGAAAAAGCUGUCCAGGCGCUGAAGAGUCUGAAGAGUCUCAAGAGUGUUAAGGAAGAGCAGCGCUUCAACUUCUCACCUUAUAUGAAAGAUAGCAGGAAACGCUCGGCUCUGUGUGGAAGUUCUAGCACCCCCAAAAAGCCCAAGAAGAGUGUGAGCUGGACACAUAUAUUUUUUUGUCUUGCGAAAUGUGACCAAGCCAAAGUUCCUGGAACCAUGUGGGAACGCGAACAGCUUCUAGAUGCUGGGUUAGGCGAGCAAAAAUUGACCUUCAAUGAUUUGGAAUGCACUGCAGAAGAGUACAAAAAAGUGCUAGUUCGCCAUUUUCCGAAACUUAGUGAUUCGGGCGGAUAUGAGUUGAUGCGUUGCUGUCCCAACAGUCGCAAUCUGGAAUGUAUUUCCUCAACUGAUUUGAAAUCACCUCAAUCUACACAAGAACGCGUUGGCAGAUCAAAGGUUUAUGUUCGCCCUAUUCAAAGAGAUCUCGAUGUGACACCACUUGAGAAUGAAGAAAGUCUAGAAAGCAAGGUACUGGAGAAAUGCCUAACUUGUGGCAAAUGUGUUAACUUGUCUAACCUGAGACAACAUGUGGCUGGAUGCAAGGGAAGCCCGAUUGUUUAUGGUGGCGGGGAUGGCCCACUGUCAGUACAUUCAUCUGGAAGUGAAACUGAAAGUGAAGGAGGAUUGCCAUACGUAUUCAUACGUAUUCAUACCAGGACUGAAAGGGAAAAAUCCAAGGGACGGCGAAGGUCAAAGUACAUCUGGAUACCAAAACUACCUUUCUUUGUUGGACGAGCCAUCAAGCGAUCUUUCGGAAGAUGAUGCUGACCUGCAAGCAGCAAUUUCUGCAAGCCUACAACAUAAAACGACAUUGACGUUACCUGAUGAGCUUGUUGCUGAGAGUAUUGAAAAGAUUUUGAAGGAUCACUCUACCAAACACAUUUCAAGUGACCUGUCAUCUCAAAUAACUGUAAGAAGAACGCACAUUUGGGAAGACUCCCUGAGAUUAUUUCGCCGGAUUGAUGCUAGCAAAACGCUAAGAGUUACCUUUCUAGGAGAAGCAGGAGUGGAUGAUGGAGGGCCACGUCGAGAGUACCUCAGGCUGAGGCUGUUGAUGUCAGCGAUCAACAAUCAGGGUCAUUUGUUAACUGGUCCACCUUCUAGCAAAGUACCACUACACAAUACCCUAGCAUUGAGUAACGGUUGCUUCUACAAAAUCGGUGUCUUCAUUGUGCUGUCACUUUCGCAAGGAGGGCCUGGGCCUACAUUUUUCUCAUCUUGCGUUGUAGACUAUCUGUUUGGAGGAACAGCAGCUGUUAAAGCAUGCAUUGAUGACAUCCCAGACAAGGAGGUUUGUGAGAAGUUGCAUAAGCUUGAGAGUGCUUCUACCAACGAAGAGUUGCAAGAUCUUCUUAAUAGCGAGCAAUUUUCUUUCCGCUUUGAUUGCGGAGUGUGUCAGCCGGCAUCCUCCAUUAACAUCAACGACAAGCAACACCUUGUUUCAAGCAUUGCACUACACUACUGCAUCUAUGCAUGUAAAGCUGAACUGGAUGAAAUCAGACGUGGCUUAGUCUCCCUUGGGUUUGUAGGCCUGAUGACCCAGUAUCCGUGCUUGAUGUCUCUCUUUAAAGCCAGUUCACAAAAGCUCACAAAAGCUUACAGCUGAUAUUUUGCAGAAUAUGUUUUCACAUACAUUUAGCCUCGCUGGCUCAAAUUCCCGUGCCAAAGAGCAACAAAUUAUGAUGCAUAUUCUGGAGCUACUGCAUGAUGUCGAAGAUGGGAAGUGAGAAGUCGAUGUUUUGGACGAUGGUAAUCGUGAGAUUAUUCCAAUUUCCUUGGAGGAUAUCCUCGUUUUUGCGACUGGUGCAGCAAGUGUUCCUCCUAUGGGGUUUUCAGAACGGCCUCGCAUUGUUUUUAAAGAAGACAGUGCAAGUGAUCUUCCAACUGCCAGCACAUGCUCUAACACAUUGUAUGUUCCUACAGUGCACCACAAUAGUUACGAUAAGUUUAAAUACAAAUUUGUUUUUGGUGUUACUGGUGCUGUUGGCUUUGGAACAGUGUAAACUGAUAAUCGAAUCGAACUGAGAAUCAAAUUGAACUGAGAAUAUGAAGUUGAUCCCGCAAGAACAUAAUUAUAUAACUAUUAGAAGUUGUGAUGCGGACGUAAUCAUUUAUUUGUUUUAAUUAUUGGCUUUUAUAACUAUUGCCUUUAAGUAUUA